AUGUUUUUUGCUCUCUUAAGAGCUAUACUCUUUCUGCCCUGGUGCAUGGCCUUCCCAGUGGCCCCAACUACAGACCUUAAAGGAUGGGACUUGGUUAAGGAUUAUUUCCAUCAGUUCUUCAUGACCAAAAAGGACUCACCACUUGUUACUCAGGGAGAACAGAUACAGUUCCUGCAACAAUUCUUCCAUCUGAAUGUGACAGGCCUACUGGACAAACAAACACUUUCUGUGCUGCACCUGCCCCGCUGUGGAGUACCUGAUGUGGCUUACAACUAUGUCUUCCCAGAAAGACCCAAAUGGAAUGAACAUACUCUGACCUAUAGGAUUAUCAAUUAUCCAUAUGAUUUGAAGACAUCUACAGUGAAAUAUAUUAUGCAUGCAGCAUUUUCCAUCUGGAGCAGUGUGACCCCCUUGGUCUUUAAGCAAGUGGAGAGUAAAGACGCAGACAUCAACAUUUCUUUCUGGGCCUUGGCCCAUGAAGAUGGCUUGCCCUUUGAUGGACCAGGUGGCGUCUUAGGCCAUGCCUUUUUCCCACAUUCUGAAACUCCAGGAGUUGUUCACUUUGACAAGGAUGAACAUUGGUCAACUUCAUACAGGGGGAUUAACCUGUUCCUGGUUGCAACUCAUGAGCUAGGUCAUGCUCUGGGCCUGUACCACUCUAGGAAUCCAAAAUCCAUAAUGUAUCCUACCUAUGAAUACCAGGACCCCAGAACUUUCCAUCUCAGUGUUGAGGAUAUACGAAGAAUCCAGCACUUAUAUGGUCUGUGCUUGUGGGAAGGAAAGGGAUCCGGGCAGGAAAUUGCAUUUGGAGCUUAA